AUGGAGGAAUUGAGUCAAACUCUUGAAUGUCAAGAUGUUCGAGUUUUUAAAGAGCCUCUUCAUAAAAAUGAAGUGACUGACGAUUAUCUCGAUUUGACACAAUCUCUCAAAGAAAACGAAAAAAUCAAUACCGAGUACUUCCCUCAACAACUUGGGCCUUCUUUUUAUGAACAAUACCAACUUGAGAAGGCGAUCUUUUCUUUUCCAAAUAGACUUCCAGGCCUUAAAACGGCAAGUAUGGCAAAAGACCUUGUGAUGGGGACUGACGAGGACAUGACUUUGAACGACGAUUUUGACAAACCAUCACAGUCUUACGUCCUGCCAACUUAUUCGAUUCACGAACAAGUUGAGAAAGCUUACUUCUAA